AUAGAGGCGGUGGGACAAGUUUAAUUCACUUUCUGAGUGUCGUGAAGGACGCAGGCCUAGCAGGGCCCAUUCAACCUGACUAUAACACCGACCUGGCCGCAGUCUUCUCCCCACGGAAGGGCCACACCUGCAUACGUUUUCUGCUGGCUUUGCUUCGACGACUGCAUAUCGACUUGCCCUGCCUCAGGAAGCCCUUCUCGCGGGUCCUCUUCAAUAAUGCUCGCCUCCUCCGGCAGAUCUCGUCCCACAAGCAGCUGGGCCAUGCUCGCGAGCAUCUUGCUUGGCCUCGCCCCCGCCUGCGUGUCGGCCACACCCAACCACAGAGUCGCUGCCAAUGACACUGAGACGUCUGUCGUCUCGCCCGCGUACAUUGGCGUCAACGCAGACCCGGACGCGACGGGCAGGGUGCCUGUGCCGGGCUUCGACCUGACCACGCCCUUCCCCGGCAAGGCGUCCGCGGGAUGGAGUCUGGAGCUCAACGUGACCCGGUACGCCACCGCCCCGCCGGGGCCGAUCACCAUCGUGGGCUACGACGGCAACACGACCCUCAUCACCACGCGCCUGGUCCCCCCGCCGCCGGGGAGUCCCGGCGCGCUGUACAACACGGACGGCUCAUGGGCCCUCUCGGACGGCGAUGCAUCCAACAGCUCUUCCUCCUCCUCCUCCUCGACCUGGUCAGUAACCAUGGUCAGCUGGACCGAGCGGGCGAUGAGGGUCGUGCCCGACGGCAACGACCUCGAGGACGGAUCCUGUCCGGAGAGCGCGUUUAGCCAGGAGUGCGCGGACAAGAUCCGCAGGGCCGUCAUGGAGGACCCUUCCCUCGCGGACAAGGAUGACUUCUCGACGACGCCCAUCCCGCAAUGCGGCGGGUACACGACUGCCUUCUCUACUACAAUCCCCAUGAACAGCACCUUCAUGAACUCGUCCUCCUUCUCCCUGGGCAUCGCGAACUCGGUCGAUGCCUACAACGUCAUCGGCGCCAGGACCUUCCCCAUCCUGCUGGUCUGGGGCCGCAGCAGCGACACGAGGACGCCGCUGCCCGAAGACCACGUGCAGCUUGCCUGCGUCAAGGUGGACACCGUCGUGCGGGACGGGGCCGUGCUGCCGACGAGCAGCGCUGGGCCUGGUGGUGGUGGUGGUGUCCGGACGCCGGGAGAGGCGCGCCGGUUGGCGUGGUAUGUCGCUGGGUUGGCGGGCGUGGUUGGGCUGGUGCUCGUUGGUUGAGUAACCUGGGUACCUAGGUACGUAUUAUAAUGGGUUUCGGGAUCCGGGGGGAUGUGUUUGUUGUUG